AUGUGGGUGGUGGGUGGCGCGAACCACUCGUUGGGUCGUCGGGACGCAAAUGGCCGGUCUUCCGAGGGGAAAAAGGCCAAGCCGGGACAUGAGACGUCGAGCGAAGAAUGUCGACCCGAGGGAGGGCGGUUGCGAGGCGAGCCUUUGCGGGUUGCCUCGGGGACAGACCAACAUGAACUGUACGAGAGGAGAGGCGACAAACAGACGCGAGAAGAAUGUGGUUCAUAUCGUUAUUUGUGUGCGUCGGAGGCGGAUGAUUGUUUCCGGCUCGGGCAGGGUGAUGUGUGCGAGUGUGUGUGUGUGUUUGUGCACCCGAGUCAUCGGCAUUUUAUCUGCUCGAAAGGCGGACGAGAGGAGGUAGACAAUAGCGUCACCUGUACAAAAGUGGCUGGUAAGAGUCCCGCUUCAGUCGUACAGUCAUGCCCGUCUCGUCGGCGCGAACAGCGCAUGCACGAGUCCCGCGUCUUCAGGAAAGUCGGCCGAUCAGGUGACAAUAAUUGGGCAAUUGGAUUCCGCCUGAUCGGGCUGGCCGAAAAAUCGCGAGGGGGGAGGAUGCUCGAGAUCUGCCGAGUUCACGAGGAGGGGAUUUGUCCUUCGACCUUUGUUGGUGUGUGCAAACAGGCAUUUUAUGUCUCAUCGCCAUGCCCAGUUCAGCUGGACACACCCUUAUACCACCACCCAACU